AUUUUUUUUCACACUACAGAUAGCUUCAACCACGGCGAGGUGGUUUUCUUGUGCAUCGUCUGUAUGUAAUGCAGUGUUUUCCCUGUUAGAAAGUGAAAAUGUGGUUCCUCACAAAUAAUAAAACACAGCACGUAUACUAUCUUGUAUCACACACCCCCUGCCAUACGGUGGGCCGAACCGGUACGGAUCUCAUUAUAACUGGCGACGAUUCAAUCAGCCGCAAUCAUGCCUCGCUACAGCCCCACAAGGACGUCCUGAAGCUCACCGACAUAGGAUCCCGGUAUGGAUCGUACGUUAACGACAACAUUAACAAAACAGUCCCCAUCUCCAAGGAGCAUCCGACCGAGCUGAAGGCUGGCGAUGUGAUACGCUUUGGCCGCUGUGGCAGUGUCUGGACGGUCGGCAAAGCUAGCUUUCGGUGUCUCACAUCCACGCUCGUCAUGGACGAUCAGCUGAAAACGGUGCUAGAGAAGAUAGGCGCCGAGUUGCUGCCCCUGUACACUCCUGGUCUGACGCAUCUCAUCAUGCCGACCAUCACCGUCACCACCAAAUUCCUGCAGUGCAUGGUCGGUCAGGUGCCGAUCGUAAAGCCGGAUUACUUCCACGCAAUCGAGCGCGAUUGCAUCGGUAAAGGGAAAGCACUGCCGGCGGUGAAAGAAUUCGUUCCCUCCUGCACGGAAACCUACAUCCGAAACGAAGAGCUGAUCUUUCACCCUAACCCUGCCCGGAGCACACUUUUCCGUGGAAAGGAGUUUAUCUUUCUCAACACCGCACAGUACAAUCAGUUUGAGCACAUUGUCAAGCUGGCCGGUGGUGUGUGCGUGAGUGCGCAGCGGGAAAAAAUAGCCAAAUCACGCUUUCUCAAACCGAACGUGGUAACGGUGAAGCUGAAAUCAUCCGGCUCAUCCCAAUCGCAGUCCCAGUCGUUUGACACGCUGUCCCAGUACAUUGCGUCACGGGGACGCCGCAUGGUGCCGGAUCUGGAAAUUGGGCUAGCGAUCAUGUUCUGCUCGACGGAAAAGUACUGCAAUCCGGAGUACAGCUUCGCGUUCAACGUCGAGGAGUGCUACAGUUCGGCGCAGGGCGGAGAAACGCUUGCCAACAGCACGGAGCAGCAAACGGAAAGCACAGAGGGAAAGAGUGCGAGCGGGCCCGAAAUAAACACCAUCCCGGAAACGGAACCGCUAACUGAACAGAAGCCAAGAGUAGCUACAGCAACCAAACCGCCCCCCGUGGGUAAAGCAGUUAACGGUUCUACACGUUCUAUCGCGUCCUUUCUCGUUCCGGCGCCUGUGCCGAUCGCUGCCGCUCCCGAAGAACGACGCAAAUCGAAACGAAUGCAGGAGGCAGAGAAAAGCAAGCAGCAAACGAAUGACGACGAUGAGCACAGCAGCAAUCCGCCCAAGCGUCUCCGACGUACUGGUUCUCCAGUGGAAAGCGUGAGCUACUCGCCGCCUGUGGAUUCGAAACUUACAGAAUCGGAACGAAAUGAGAUACAUGUGCCCGAAACGCAACCGACACCCGACUCCGCGAUGUCGCAAGCUCUGCAAUCACGUGGCUUCCUGGCGGUUAACCGACAUUCCAUGGAGUCGGAUUCGCGGGCGGCCGGUAAGGAGUCGGCCAAAACUCGCCGUGCCACCAACCUUCACCAGAAGCUGGACGAUGAGGAUAUGUUUAACUUCGAUGAGAUUGCUCCACGAAAGAAACCGCGCAUGGACAAGGCAAAUGAAAAGCCGACCACCAUCACGAACACAGCGGAGGUAAGGCAGACGGUAGCGGUUGGAGGUAGUCGUAGUCGACGGAACGCUCCGGCAACAGAUCAAGAGGAUCUGUUUUGCUUCGAAGAAACUCCCACCACCCAGCAGCGACGUGCUGCUGCUGCUGCUAACCAACGCAAGGCGAAUGAUACUCUCAACAACAGUAAUAAUAGCCAUUCGAAAACCAACCCAUCGUCGGCCACAUCCGAUGCGUCCACAACCCGCGCGCUGGCCGGGGCACAGAAUCGAAGCAAGGGAAGCAACGAUACGACGAUGGAUGGGUACAAGGAAUUUAUAAAACCAGUACAACCAUCCGCGAUGGGCUGGCUGUCGUCGACGAUGUGCGGCUUAAAGCUGACCGGUGGCAGCGGUGAGGACCAUUCGCUCGACAAGAUCAACAUAAAAUCGGAACCGCUGGACGAAACCGACGAUCCGUACGGUGUGCAGCGAGAUUGCAAAAAGUGGAUCAAAAGCAUGGAGAAUGCGUUUCCGGUGCGUGAGGUAAGCAUGAAGCUGGUGGCCCACCGUCCAAUCGAUGUCAGCGGCCAGGAGGUGUCGUGCGUUACGGCCGAUGGAGGCAAGAAUUUUAAAGCAUUCGUGAAGAAACGCAACUAUCCGGUACAGCAGCUCGUUCUCGGAACGAAAUCUGUUUGCGUGCGGGACGACAACCAGUGUGCAUGAAAUGUGCGAAUGUUAAUCCCUACUUUUACAUUUCAUUCCCAACGUUAUAGCCCUAUUUAAGCAGUAUGCCCUUUUCUUCAUCCAUUUAAUUAACAGUAACGACACUAAAAUACGCAAAAAAAUACAAAUUAAUACAAUGAAAAGAAAUGAAAUGAGUAGACCAAAUG